GCUGACUGACCGGCUUCCAACUGUCGAAGUGGUGUACGCUGACAGCUGCGUUUGACUGUUAACUUCGACUGUAGCAUGAUGAACGGAGUACUUAGCGCGCGCUAUAACGCAGUGUCGCUUGACGUUUCUAAAUUCGCUACCAGUUGAAUUUCUUGGUUUCAGAGUUUUCUGAGCAACGACUUUGUUGUGUCCAUUGGCGAUCCGUCAAUUUUAAAUGAGCAUUUAUACAGAUUUAUCUCUCUAGAGUGGCCAUCUGUCAUUGUGGCACACUUUGCAAUGUUUCUACUACAGUUUGUAACACUUGACUGCCCUUGGAGUCCCACGGCUUUGCGCUUUGCGUAUGGAGUUGCAUGUGCCAGCAGCUCGUUCUGUAUUGCUUGCGAUAGUGCUCCUAUCUCUCUGUGAUGCAGGCACACCAAUAGCAUCCAACCACACGACUGGCCAAUUUACCAUUGUCUUCAUUCCGGGCGAACAGCACUUCGACACUUUCUCUGUUUUCCACCGAGACGAGCCGCACAGAGAGCUCUGGGCCACAGACAGCAAUCAUGCUUGUCUAUCAGCAACUUACAACAAGGAAGACGUAUACCAAAACGGAGGAAUCUUUGAGAUAUGUGAGGGUGAAGACACUGCCUGCUCUGAUGUGCGGAUUCAGAACAUUACUGAUGCAGGGGGGUCACGAGAAGGGGGUUAUAAUAGAGUUGUUGUGACGGGAAAUUUUUGUGGCGUGUGUGCUUUUGCUAUGGAGUUUGUAGCUGCAGAUGUCGUGUUUGGUGGGUCGUAUUUCCAGCAUCUUAAUCUGUUGGUUCAUGUAGACGAAUGCCAUAGAGAAUUUAAUAGCAUUGUGCUACAGUGGAAAUCUGGUGUUGAUGAGUCGUUUUAUGGCUUUGGUCAUCAGUUUACUCAUUUCAACAUGAAAGGUCAUCGUUUGCCAGUUUUUCUGAGGGAAAAGGGUGUUGGUCGAGGUCUUGAACCAAUCACUGCAUUUAUGGAUAUCUUUGGUCAUGGGGCUGGUGGAUCAUGGCAUACAACUUACACUCAGGUUCCAUUCUAUGUCAGCAGUGCAAUGAGAUCAUUCGUUUUGGAAUCACCAGAAUAUGUAGUGUUUGACAUGACACAACCGGAGUUAGUUCGUCUAGAACUGAUGAGCCUUGAUCUUCAUGCCAGAAUAAUAUACGGUUAUUCUUAUCUUGGUAUUCUAUCUUCGUAUUCUGCUUACGUUGGUCGAAUGAGACCUUUACCUGACUGGAUAUCUGAAGGUGCCAUCUUGGGUUUACAAGGAGGAAGCAAUGUUGUUAUGUCUGCACUGGGCGAAGUGAAGGAGCUGGUGGGAGAUCUAACUGACGUCACUGCAGUUUGGUUGCAAGACUGGACUGGACAAAGAAAUUACUCUGGGAAAGGACAGCUUCCAAGACUUGGUCUGUGGUGGAACUGGGAGGUUGAUGAGGUUCACUAUCCCAACUGGACGAGCCUUGUCUCCCAUUUGCGAUCUAACAACAUCAGAACUCUGACGUACAUCAAUCCCAUGUUGUCCAAUGUAAGUGACCGUGGCACACCAUACCAUCAUAACUUCUAUCAGGAAGCUCUGGUGCGAGGCUUUGCUGUCAAGACCUCCAGCCAGGAAGUGUGGACAGGAUAUGGUGAUUCAAUCUUGGUUGAUCUCACAAACCCCGAUGCAGUAAAAUGGUUCAAAGAUAUUAUCAAACAAAUGCUGUUGUCUGGUGUGGAUGGAUGGAUGUGUGACUUUGGUGAGGCAAUGCCACUGACUGCUGAUUUGGCAUCAGGUGAAGACGGACAUUUAGUUCACUCUCUUUAUUCACAUCUAUGGGGCAAACUCAACUCUGAAGUUAUAGAAACAGAAGCAAAGAAUGCUUCUGAUGUGGUUUACUUUAUGAGAAGUGGUAACUAUAAAUCACCAAAUGUGAGCAGACUUUUCUGGGCAGGAGAUCAGCUUGUGACAUGGGAUGUUCAUGAUGGUCUUCGCUCAGCGAUCAUCAGCAUCCUUUCUGGCAGUCUGUCUGGAUUCACUCUUGCACAUACUGAUAUUGGAGGAUACACAGCCAUUAAAACAGGAAUACUGAACUACAUUAGAUCCAAGGAAUUGUUUCUUCGGUGGUGUGAAAUGGCAGCGUUUACUCUUGUGUAUCGGUCACAUCUCGGCACAUUGCCUAAAGACAACUGGCAAUACAACAGUGACACUGAAACAAUGCAUCACUUCUUUCGUUUGGCCAAAGUGUAUCGCUCAUGGGCAUUCUACAGGAAACAGCUUAUGAGGGAGUCUGGUAUGAUGGGCCACCCAAUCAUCAGGCACAUGGUCGUUAACUACCCCAACUCUAGUGCUGUUCACAAUGCUAACCUUACGUAUCAGCAAUUUAUGCUUGGUACAGAGCUACUGGUUGCACCAGUUACAACAGACAGUGCGACAUCAACAGAAGUGUUUUUGCCACUAGGCACUGAAUGGACACAUGUCUGGUCAAAUAAGGCUAUUCAAGGAAGGGACACAUUUGUUACUGUGAGUGCCCCAAUUGGUCAACCAUUUGUUGUCUAUCCAUUCGGAUCGUCAGUGGGGAAACAAUUUGUUGUAAAUCUGAAGAAAGAAGGAUUGCUGCCUUAACAACAAGACACGGAGACUCUCUGAUUCUCGUGUAAAGUGUCUUCAAUACACAAUCCAUUUCACUUCACUAUCAACUGUGUUUGAGCCUUUAGUAAAGUGUGUAUGUUUCCUUUGUUGUACAAUUCAAACCUUAGGGCUGGCCAGCAGAGGCAGAGACUGACUGACCAACUGACAAUGGAAAGACUUUGAGUGAGUAGGCAGGCAGGCAGGCAGGUAGGUUAUUUUAUUAGGAUACAGCAUCUCUAGAGACUCACUACAAUACAUGAUUUUUCAAUAACUAAAAGAAAGUGCUUCAUAAACAA